AUGAGCACAAUUACAAUUCCAAUUGACGAGUAUGUCCGGCAGCAAGCCAACGAACAAAAGGCAAAGCAACACAUAGCUGAGAUAGAGUCUCUUAAAGCUGAAUUGACUGCUCUAGUUACUAAAUCGAAGAUGAUUGAAGAUAAGAACAUAGAGAUGUCCAAACAAAUUGCACAAAAUGAGAUUCACCUUACUGAGGCUAAUCUUCGGUGUGAAAUACAAAAAGUGAAUGUUAUUAAAGUAUCUCAAGAAAAGCAGAUGGCUGAGACUCGUCUUAAGCAUGUCAUGCGAGAUUAUGGAGUCUUAAAACACCAAUAUGAAGAACUUACGAUGGAACUUUCUGAUUUUGCGACGCUUGUUGAAACGGAGGAGACUGUCGAAUUGUUAGACCGGUCAGAGAAAGAGAAAAUAGAAAAAGAGCGCGAGAAGAAGCCACGUCGCCGGAAGGAGAAAGGUGAAAAGGGUGAAGAAAAAGAGAAGAAAAAGAAAGUUGAGAAGAGUGAAAACAAUGAGAAGACGGAGACUGCUGAUGGCGACACCAAAGUCGAAGGUGAAAAUAUUGAAGUGAAAUGUGAUAUUUAUGAUGAUGAGACAGAUACAAUCGAUGACUUUGCGAUGAUGGGAGUUAAAGAUGACAUAGAUGAGACUGAGGAACUUUCAACAUCUGUUCUUUUCAAGAACCCACAGAAGUGUGUUUUUAGUGUUAAUUACAAUUUAGUUAUCGAAGUGAUGAAGAACAUUAUCGAUAAUGGGAAGAAUGUAGCUCGUAUUAAAGGAUUUCCAUCUAUUCUUGCUGUCGAUGUUUUCAAAGAAUACACCAAAAUGAAGAAUAUCAAUAUCUAUGAUGGAAUUAAAGGUGAAAAAGAGAGAAAAAACCACUUGAGGUACAACGUCGGAAGUUUCAAUAAGUGUUUAAAAAAACUCGAAGAUGCUCGAGUUAAAAAAGGAUUACCAGAGACUAUCAGAGUCGUCACUUCGUGUUACGUAUACAUCCAGUGCAUCGGCGACCAAUUCAGAGGGCGUGGUCCAACAGCUUGA